AUGUCGAGCUACGAAACCACCUCCCCAUUCCGGGUCUCGACCCACGAUCUUCUUCAGCUGGAGCGCAAUGAGGCUUUCCGCGCCAUGCGAGAGCAGCUGCGCCGCCAGGAUUGUGGCAUGGAAAGGCCCAGCUUCUGCGCUACCCACCGCCACUCGUGCACCUCGGCCGACCAGGAGUCCUUCCGUCUGCACCGCGAUAUCAUUCAUACCCUCCUGGUACCUCUCUUCCUGAUCAAUCACCAAGCCGAGCAGGUCGCCGCCCGCGCACUGCCCAGCAAGAAGGGCGCCGAGCCCGAGCGCGCUUUCAAGGGCGAGGCGCGCAGUGCCUUUUCCUGGCUCUCGUGCAUCCUGACCGAAGAGCACGACUGGUACCUGACCGCGCGGUGCCCGGCCUGUAUCGUCCUGCAUGUCCUCCACUCCGAGCCCACCAUUCGGUUCGUGACGGUGGCGGCCCAGCUGGCCGGUCCCCGUUCCGGCUUUGUCUGCUGGCUCGCCGCCCUGGAGACUGCCGUCCGCGAGGACCCCUUCUGGGGCGACGCAUUUUGGCCCGAUAUUGAGGAUCGCGCGGCCCGUCUGACCGACGGAGUCCAGCAGCUGGUCUGCCAGUGCCAUGAGCUCCGCACCACGCUCGACAGCCCAACCCUCGCCACCUCCACCCUUACCAAGGCGACCUCCGUCUGCGAACGGUCGGCUUCGAUCUGCACCACCCCCCUCAAGCCUUCGAGCUUCGCUCGCAAACAAGUUCGACUCGGCCGCGAGGAGCAGCGCUACCGCUCAUCGCUCGUGUGGAACGCAUGGAACUGCUCGCAGGAAAUGCAUCAGCCGCUGGGUGGCAGCGCACCAACUCAGUCUCGCCGCCGUUCCUUAACUUCGUGA